UCAUUGUAAGAAAAAAAAUUUAAAAAAAAUUUUAAAAAUCUCUUCGAUGCUCUUGGGAACUAAAGAUACUAAUUGGAAUUUCUCUCUUUUCUUUCACUAUAAUCUCCCGUUUUCUAACAGACAGAGACCGUUGCUUAUUGGCUGAUCAACAAACAAACCCAGCAUGCAGCAGCCAUAUGAAGUGAACGCAUAACUAUUCCUGCGAAAACUUCACCACUUUAUUAGAAGAAAAUGGUUGGUCGAAUCCGUGUUCUGGAAUGGGAAACAGUCCGAACCAUCGAAUCUCAUUGCACCACACUCCACCACGCAAAACAAGUCCACGCCCACAUCUACCGCAACAAUCUCCACCAAUGUUCCUACGUCAUCACCAACCUCCUCCGUUUCCUCACCAAUCUCCCUCACCUCCCCGUUCACUCUUACCCUCACCUCCUCUUCUCACAGGUCCAUUCUCCUAACCCUUUCCUCUACUCCGCUCUCAUUCGCGCUUACGCUCGUAAUGGACCCUUAUUCCAAUCCAUUCGUUUAUACUCUACCAUGUUGAAUAACAACAUUUCGCCCGUUUCGUUCACUUUCUCAGCUCUUUUUUCAUCCUUGAGAAACCCCAUUUUGGGAACUCAGCUUCAUGUUCAUGCAAUGUUGUUUGGGUUUGUCUCUGAUUUAUAUGUUGGUAACACAGUUAUUGAUAUGUAUGUGAAAUGUGGGCUUUUGAGGUCUGCAAGGAAGGUGUUCGAUGAAAUGCCGCACCGGGAUGCGGUUUCUUGGACUGAGUUAAUUGUGGCUUAUGCCAAGAGUGGGGAUAUGGAUUCUGCGCGGGAGUUGUUUGAUGGGUUGAAUGGUAAGGAUAAGGUUGCUUGGACUUCUAUGGUUACUGGUUAUGCUCAGAAUGCCAUGCCGAAGAAAGCGUUGGAGUUUUUUCGACGGUUGCGAGAGGCUGGCGUUGAGACGGAUGAGAUUACUUUGGUUGGUGUUAUUUCUGCUUGUGCUCAAUUGGGUGUUUCUGGGUAUGGUAAUUGGAUAAGGGGCAUUGUUGAGAGUUCUAGGUUUGGGUCUGCGAAUAAUGUUCUUGUGGGGUCUGCGUUGAUAGACAUGUAUUCUAAGUGUGGUGAUGUGGAGGAAGCUUAUAAUGUGUUUAAAGGAAUGAAGGAAAGGAAUGUUUUUUCUUACAGUUCUAUGAUUGCUGGGUUUGCAGUGCAUGGUUGUGCUCGUGCCGCGAUCAAAUUGUUUUAUGAGAUGUUGGAGACUGGGAUAAAACCAAAUCAUGUUACUUUUGUAGGUGUGUUUACCGCGUGUAGUCAUGCCGGCAUGGUAGAACAGGGUCAGCAUCUCUUUGGUGCCAUGGAAGAAUGUUACGGUGUUGUUCCAACUGCAGAUCAUUAUGCUUGCAUGGCUGAUCUUCUUGGUCGGGCAGGACACUUGGAAAAAGCGCUCCAGCUUGUUCAGACAAUGCCUAUGAAGCCCAAUGGAGGUGUGUGGGGGGCACUUCUUGGAGCAUCACACAUUCAUAGGAACCCUGAUGUUGCUGAAAUUGCUUCUCACCAUUUGUUUGAGCUUGAACCUGAUAGCCCGGGGAAUUAUUUAUUGCUGUCCAACACAUAUGCAUUGGCUGGAAAAUGGGAUGAUGUAUCCAGGGUCAGGAAGUUGAUGAGAGAGAAGCAAUUGAGAAAAAAUCCGGGGUGUAGCUGGGUCGAAGCAAAGAAUGGUAUUGUACACGAGUUCUUUGCUGGGGAUGUGAAACAUCCAGAGAUUAAUGAGAUAAAGAAGGCAUUAGAUGAUCUUAUGCAGCGACUGAAGGCUAUUGGAUAUCAACCAAAACUAAAUUCUGUGCCGUAUGAUAUUGAUGAUAAAGGAAAAAGGCUCUUACUUAUAUCACAUAGUGAAAAACUUGCUUUGGCUUAUGGACUGUUACGUACAGAUGCAGGUUCCACUAUAAAGAUUAUGAAGAACCUUAGGAUAUGCGAGGACUGUCAUAUUGUAAUGUGUGCAGCAUCCAAGGUUACAGGAAGAAAAAUUGUUGUGAGGGAUAACAUGAGAUUCCACCACUUUCAUAAUGGGACUUGCUCUUGUAAUAAUUUUUGGUGACCAAGGCUAGAUUGACAUGGAGGUGUAAAACAUGCAUAUUGGUGUUAGAGGAAUAACUUUGAAGGAAUGACCAUUUUUUGUUAUUGACAAAUGUAAAGAAUUGCUUUGUGACUGCCUACAGAUUAGCUAUUGGAUGAUAUAUAAAUUUUAAAUCAAUUCUGCCUCUAUUCACUCUACGGGGCUGUUCGAUUUAUCACAGAAUGGAGUUAAAUUAAAGAUGGAGAAGGCAAGGCGGAUAAAUUCUUGUGAGACCAUUGGUAGGUAUAACCAAUCAGAAGCUCACAAUGACUUAUGAGCAUAAUAUAAGAGCCAGUUGAGGUUCUCUGGUAUAUCUACAGGUGUAUCUACAGACACCAAUAUACAAGAGUUUUUUUUUUUGGUAAGGGCAACAGCUUGAUAAACUUUUUCGUCCAUAGCAAAGCAAAUGUCAUGCCAAUUUAUGAUCAGUGUAACAAUGUAAUAGUAAAUUCAAGUGACGCAACAGGGAGAUGAGAAACAACAAGCGCUGUAAUAGGGAAUAAAAGGAACCUUAUUAUAUUGGCUCUGGUGGAAUAGUGAAACUUCAAAUAGGCAGUGAGGAAUAAGGCAAUAGAAAGUAAUGAGGAGGUACAGAAGAAUCCAGCUAAAGGAAGCCCUUAUCUUUUUGGGUCUUCAAUUGGUUAUAGCAGGUGCCCUUUUUUAGUGUUACACUAGAGUUCUUAUGACCUGAUUAACUCAAAGAUAUUGUUGCUUCAAAAUAUAAAGCUUGCUUGAUCUUGUGAUUUCUCUGGGUACUAGUAUUUUUGCUCGCGCCGAGUUCAAGUUGUCAGAAUACAUACAAGCUCUCAUUCACACACAGCCAAUUCAUCAAUAUCACAUCAGAAGAACUUCAUAGCACCCUUUCCUGCUGUACCCAAAAAUGUAAUUGUAUAUCUGUAAUUCACAAUAUUGAAUCAAGGCAAGGAUUAAGUAGAAAUUUUGGACGGGUUUGGAUGUCAUAUUGCCUUCCAUCCCCAAGCUUUGCUUCAAAGAGAGUCCUCACUGAACUUCAUGAUAUUUCUCUAAUUCUGUGUUGAAAUUGAGUUAGUAUUUUGUAUGGCAGUGGUUCGUUACAAGUGGAAAAGUUUGGUCCAAAAUGAAUAACCUCAUGUUUGAGUAUUUGACAAUAACUUGUUUGAUCCUUUUCUUAGUCCACUCUAAGUUUUUCUCAGCUCAAAACUAUCAAUAUAAUACAUAUAUAAUUGCCUCUUUUUUUACCUAGUUUAUUUCAUUUUUUCUGAUCAGUUCCUGAAUUAAUAAAGCAUUACUAAACAUGCAUCAUGAAUAGUCUUAAACUGAUACUAUAAGCAAAAUGUACUUUGAACAUCCUUU